CGUUGCAAAUCGGGCUAAACUUCGUAUUUGUACGUAUUGACGCUGGAACUGACCGCUCGGGCCCGCGCGUCAGAUGCCACGCUGGCGAAUCGGCACUCGCCCGCUCGCUCAAUAGGUGCGGUCCGGCUCGAACCGGACCGGCCCGUGCUCCACUCUGUUCCUCCUCGCUCCUGCCUCCCUCCUUGCUCCUCUCUCGUCGCCCUCGUCACCGCCGGCAGCUUUGCCGGAGCGGAGCGCCGCCGCCCGCCAUGGUUUUCGAAGACGAAAGCAGUGAGGACACGUCCAGCCUGCCGUACAUGCACUCGACCUCAUCCACGGACGGGCUUAACCAGGUCCCUUUCAGCGUUGAAGAUCCAGAUUACCAGGGGCUUGAGCUGGAAACGAUGUCGCCAUGUGAGAAGCACGUCAAGGCAUCUGAGAGGCUUGUCGCAUUUGAAGGAACAGACACAAGGAGAAGGUUCCUAGCAUGUGCAGAGCCGGAAGGGCAGAAUUGUGGGUUUGUUGAAUGGGUUGAUCACCAGUGGCCCCCAACAAUGCAAAAUGCAUUGUUGAAGCUGUGGGCCAUGGUUGAAGAUAGCAAGAGUGCUAGGGUGAAUGAUAAUCUUGAAAGUUCUUUCACUAUCCACCAUCUGACAGAAGAGAAGAACAAGCUGGAGGCCAACUAUGACAAGUUAGUCCAAGAUGUGCAUGAACUUAUGAGCUUCCAGGAGGACAGGGUGGUGGAUUUCAGAUAUCUGCAGGAUAACCUUACAUAUCAGCAGCAAUGCAGAAGUGAACUGCUGGCUGAUAUGAAGGCACAGAUGGCAAAGAAAGAUGCAGAGUUUGAGAAGCUUAAGCAGAAUUAUGAAGUGCUACUGAACCUGACAAGAGCACAAGCAACAGUCAUCCAGAACUUGAAGUUGAAGCAUAUUAAAGACAAGCAAUUGUUUAGUGAAGAUAAGAUGAACUUGGAGUUGAAGAAUGCAGAGCUCACAUAGUCUGAGGAGAAGCUCACCCAAGAGAAGCUAGAGUUGAAGCUUCAGAUUGCUGAGCUGAUGAAGGCAGAGGAGAAGCUGAAGGAGAAGAUCAAGGGGAUCCAGGCCAUCUUAGAGAAGUGAAGAAAAUGAAUAUGAGACUAGUGGGUAAUGCUGACCUUUUGGGCAUGAUGGUUGUGUAGUGUAUGGCUCUACUAAUUGUGAACUAUGUCUGUGUAUGUAUGUAGUAGAUAUGCUUUUCAUCCUUUUGUGAGAAAAAGAUGAACUAUGCAUUUAAACUCAAACUCCACUAUGUAUUUGUGAUGGACCUGCUGUGUACCCUAUAAUAUGUUGAACUCCAGUAAGUAUUGUGUGUUAUG